AAAAAAGGUUGGGGACUGACGUGUUUUUCGCAUUCUUAAUCCAUUUUCGAACAAAAGAGCGAUUCUUAAGCCGGAAAUACUGAAAAAAAAUAUUUGUUUCUUCGUUUUUAGUGUUAAAAAGUACAAAUAUGGUGCUUCUGAGGUCCCUUUGCCUCAUCUUACUAAUUUGCAUCUUCCACAAAACGCAUGCAGCUGCAGCCCAAAGUCAUCAUCACGCCCAAAAACACAAGGAGCGUCUUCAGGAUGGGGCAACGCACGCCCAUCUCGACAAAUCUUCGCACGAACACGACACGGAAUUCGAUCACGAAGCCAUUUUAGGCUCGGUAAAGGAAGCGGAGGAGUUUCACGACCUUUCGCCCGAAGAAAGUAAGAAGCGUCUUGCAGUUCUCGUCACGAAAAUGGAUUUAAACAAAGAUCGGUUCGUGGAUCGGCACGAAUUGAAAGCCUGGAUUUUGCGUUCUUUCAAGAGUUUGGCAGCUGAGGAGGCAACGGAUCGAUUUGAGGAUUGCGACGAAGACGGAGAUCACAAAGUUACGUGGGCCGAAUACAUUAAAGACACCUUUGGCAUGGAAAGUGACGAGGAAAUGCGCAACGAAAUCGAUGAACAGGACAAAAUGGUGCAAGAUGACAGGGAAUUGUUCAAAGCAGCGGACAAAGACGGCGACGGCGUUUUAAUUAUUGACGAAUUUAUUCGCUUUAAUAAUCCGGAGGAACAUCCGGAAAUGCUGCCGAUUGUGCUGCGACAAACUUUGGCGGACAAAGACAUGAAUGGCGACGAAAAAAUUGACUUCCAAGAGUUUGUAGGAGAUUCAGCGAGAGAUAAGGACAAGGAAUAUCUCGUCACGGAAAAGGACAAAUUUGACAACGAUUUCGAUAAAAAUCACGAUGGCUUUCUCACGGGAAAUGAAAUUUUAUCUUGGAUGUUGCCCAGUAAUGAUGAAGUAGCAAACGAAGAAGUUGAUCAUUUAUUCGCUGCAUCAGAUGACGACCAUGACGAUCGUUUGUCUUACGAUGAAAUUGUCAAUAAUUACGACAUCUUUGUGGGUUCAGAAGCUACCGAUUAUGGAGAUCAUUUGCAAAAUAUUGAACACUUCAGGGAUGAAUUGUAAAAAAAAAAUUUUUUUUUGAACUCGAACCAAAUUUUAGUGUGAGAUUUUGACAGAUUCUCGAAUCUGAAGCUCAAAUUUUACUUAUUUUGAGUAGUUUUUAGUUAAUUUUAAGGGAGCAGUGCGUUGAAUGAUUUUGACAGUUCAAAUUUUGAAGUUUUUUUGAAGUUUAAU